GGACCUGUACAAGGAGGCCAUGAUGGAGGAGCACCAGCCUCUUAUAUCACAAGAAAAUCCCAGUAAGAAAUGUGAAAAUGUCAUGUUACCACUAGAUGAAGAUCUCCUGCAGCGCUCUUCAGGAGAAAACCUCAUUACCCUUAAUGUACAUCCAGGUCUUCACAGUACAGACCUGUCAUAUAAUCCUCCUAAUUAUGAGGAACCUUCUCUGGACCAAUCACAGAUUGUUACCGCAAGUACAAGUCAGAAAAGGAUUAAAAGGUUUCAUUUUGGUAAAGAAUCCACAAAUCAGUCAGGACUUUCUACAAACCGAAGACGUCACAAAGGAGAGAAAAUGUAUUCAUGUUCAGAAUGUAGGAAAUGUUUCACACGGAAAUCACAUCUUGUUAUUCAUGAGAGAAGUCACACAGGAGAGAAGCUAUAUUCGUGUUCUGAAUGUGGGAAAUGUUUUACACAGAAAUCAAAUCUUGUUAGUCAUGAGAGAUGUCACACAGGAGAGAAACCAUAUUCAUGUUCAGAAUGUGGGAAAUGUUUUAGACACAAAUCACUUCUUAUUAAACAUGAGAUAAUUCACACUGGGGAAAAGCCGUAUUCAUGUUCAGAAUGUGGGAAAUGUUUUACAGAGAAACCACAUCUUGUUAUACAUGAGAGAAGACACACAGGAGUGAAACCAUAUUCAUGUUCAGAAUGUGGGAAAUGUUUUACAGAUAAAUCAGAUCUUGUUAAACAUGAGAAAUAUCACACAGGAGAGAAGCCAUAUUCAUGUUCAGAAUGUGGGAAAUAUUUCACACGCAAAUCAAAUCUUGUUACACAUGAGAGAAGUCACACAGGAGAGAAAUCAUAUACAUGUUCAGAAUGUGGGAAAUGUUUUAGACACAAAUCACUUCUUGUUACACAUGAGAGAAUUCACACUGGGGAAAAGCCGUAUUCAUGUUCAGAAUGUGGUAAAUGUUUUACAGCGAAAUCAAAUCUUGUUAAACAUGAGAGAAUUCACACUGGGGAAAAGCCGUAUUCAUGUUCAGAAUGUGGGAAAUGUUUUACAGAGAAACCACAUCUUAUUAUACAUGAGAGAAAACACACAGGAGUGAAACCAUAUUCAUGUUCAGAAUGUGGGAAAUGUUUUACAGAUAAAUCAGAUCUUGUUAAACAUGAGAGAUGUCACACAGGAGAGAAGCCAUAUUUAUGUUCAGAAUGUGGGAAAUGUUUUACACAGAAAUCAAAUCUUGUUAAACACCAGAAAUUUCAUACAGGAGAGAAACCGUAUUCAUGUUCAGAAUGUGGGAAAUGUUUCACACGGAAAUCACAUCUUGUUAUACAUGAGAGAAGUCACACAGGAGAGAAACCAUAUACAUGUUCAGAAUGUGGGAAAUGUUUUAGACACAAAUCACUUCUUGUUAAACAUGAGAGAAUUCACACUGGAGAAAAGCCGUAUUCAUGUUCAGAAUGUGGGAAAUGUUUUACACAGAAAUCAAAUCUUGUUAAACAUGAGAGAUAUCACACAGGAGAGAAGCCAUAUUCAUGUUCAGAAUGUGGGAAAUGUUUUACACAGAAAUCAAAUCUUGUUAGACAUGAGAGAUGUCACACAGGAGAGAAACCAUAUACAUGUUCAGAAUGUGGGAAAUGUUUUACAGAUAAAUCAGAUCUUGUUAAACAUGAGAGAUGUCACACAGGAGAGAAGCCAUAUUCAUGUUCAGAAUGUGGGAAACUUUUUUCAGAGAAAUCAAAUCUUGUUAGUCAUGAGAGAUGUCACACAGGAGAGAAACCAUAUUCAUGUUCAGAAUGUGGGAAAUGUUUUAGACACAAAUCACUUCUUAUUAAACAUGAGAUAAUUCACACUGGGGAAAAGCCGUAUUCAUGUUCAGAAUGUGGGAAAUGUUUUACAGAGAAACCACAUCUUGUUAUACAUGAGAGAAGACACACAGGAGUGAAACCAUAUUCAUGUUCAGAAUGUGGGAAAUGUUUUACAGAUAAAUCAGAUCUUGUUAAACAUGAGAAAUAUCACACAGGAGAGAAGCCAUAUUCAUGUUCAGAAUGUGGGAAAUAUUUCACACGCAAAUCAAAUCUUGUUACACAUGAGAGAAUUCACACUGGGGAAAAGCCGUAUUCAUGUUCAGAAUGUGGUAAAUGUUUUACAGCGAAAUCAAAUCUUGUUAAACAUGAGAGAAUUCACACUGGGGAAAAGCCGUAUUCAUGUUCAGAAUGUGGGAAAUGUUUUACAGAGAAACCACAUCUUAUUAUACAUGAGAGAAAACACACAGGAGUGAAACCAUAUUCAUGUUCAGAAUGUGGGAAAUGUUUUACAGAUAAAUCAGAUCUUGUUAAACAUGAGAGAUGUCACACAGGAGAGAAGCCAUAUUUAUGUUCAGAAUGUGGGAAAUGUUUUACACAGAAAUCAAAUCUUGUUAAACACCAGAAAUUUCAUACAGGAGAGAAACCGUAUUCAUGUUCAGAAUGUGGGAAAUGUUUCACACGGAAAUCACAUCUUGUUAUACAUGAGAGAAGUCACACAGGAGAGAAACCAUAUACAUGUUCAGAAUGUGGGAAAUGUUUUAGACACAAAUCACUUCUUGUUAAACAUGAGAGAAUUCACACUGGAGAAAAGCCGUAUUCAUGUUCAGAAUGUGGGAAAUGUUUUACACAGAAAUCAAAUCUUGUUAAACAUGAGAGAUAUCACACAGGAGAGAAGCCAUAUUCAUGUUCAGAAUGUGGGAAAUGUUUUACACAGAAAUCAAAUCUUGUUAGACAUGAGAGAUGUCACACAGGAGAGAAACCAUAUACAUGUUCAGAAUGUGGGAAAUGUUUUACAGAUAAAUCAGAUCUUGUUAAACAUGAGAGAUGUCACACAGGAGAGAAGCCAUAUUCAUGUUCAGAAUGUGGGAAACUUUUUUCAGAUAAAUCAAAUCUUGUUAUACAUGAGAGAAGUCACACAGGAGAGAAGCUAUAUUCGUGUUCAGAAUGUGGGAAAUGUUUUACUCAGAAAUCAAAUCUUGUUACACAUGAGAGAAUUCACACUGGGGAAAAACCGUAUUCAUGUUCAGAAUGUGGGAAAUGUUUUACACAGAAAUCAAAUCUUGUUAAACAUGAGAGAAUUCACACUGGGGAAAAACCGUAUUCAUGUUCAGAAUGUGGGAAAUGUUUUACAGAGAAACCACAUCUUGUUAUACAUGAGAGAAGACACACAGGAGUGAAACCAUAUUCAUGUUCAGAAUGUGGGAAAUAUUUUACAGAUAAAUCAGAUCUUGUUAAACAUGAGAGAUGUCACACAGGAGUGAAGCCAUAUUCAUGUUUAGAAUGUGGGAAACUUUUUUCAGAUAAAUCAAGUCUUCUAAAACAUGAGAGAAGUCACACAGGAGAGAAGCUAUAUUCGUGUUCAGAAUGUGGGAAAUGUUUUACACAGAAAUCAAAUCUUGUUAGACAUGAGAGAUGUCACAAAGGAGAGAAACCAUAUACAUGUUCAGAAUGUGGGAAAUGUUUUAGACACAAAUCACUUCUUGUUAAACAUGAGAUAAUUCACACUGGGGAAAAGCCGUAUUCAUGUUCAGAAUGUGGGAAAUGUUUUACAGAGAAACCACAUCUUGUUAUACAUGAGAGAAGACACACAGGAGUGAAACCAUAUUCAUGUUCAGAAUGUGGGAAAUGUUUUACAGAUAAAUCAGAUCUUGUUAAACAUGAGAGAUAUCACACAGGAGAGAAGCCAUAUUCAUGUUCAGAAUGUGGGAAAUAUUUCACACGCAAAUCAAAUCUUGUUACACAUGAGAGAAGUCACACAGGAGAGAAAUCAUAUACAUGUUCAGAAUGUGGAAAAUGUUUUACAGAUAAAUCAAAUCUUGUUACACAUAUGAGAAUUCACACUGGGGAAAAGCCGUAUUCAUGUUCAGAAUGUGGUAAAUGUUUUACAGCGAAAUCAAAUCUUGUUAAACAUGAGAGAAUUCACACUGGCGAAAAGCCAUAUUCAUGUUCAGAAUGUGGGAAAUGUUUUACAGAGAAACCACAUCUUGUUAGACAUGAGAGAAGACACACAGGAGUGAAACCAUAUUCAUGUUCAGAAUGUGGGAAAUGUUUUACAGAUAAAUCAGAUCUUGUUAAACAUGAGAGAUAUCACACAGGAGAGAAGCCAUAUUCAUGUUCAGAAUGUGGGAAAUGUUUUACACAGAAAUCAAAUCUUGUUAAACAUGAGAAAUUUCAUACAGGAGAGAAACCGUAUUCAUGUUCAGAAUGUGGGAAAUGUUUUACAGAUAAAUCAGAUCUUGUUAAACAUGAGAGAUAUCACACAGGAGAGAAGCCAUAUUCAUGUUCAGAAUGUGGGAAAUGUUUUACACAGAAAUCAAAUCUUGUUAAACACCAGAAAUUUCAUACAGGAGAGAAACCGUAUUCGUGUUUAGAAUGUGGGAAACUUUUUUCAGAUAAAUCAAAUCUUCUAAAACAUAAGAAGAAUCACACAGGAGAGAAAAUGUAUUCAUGUUCAGAAUGUGGGAAAUGUUUCACACGGAAAUCACAUCUUGUUAUACAUGAGAGAAGUCACACAGGAGAGAAGCUAUAUUCCUGUUCAGAAUGUGGGAAAUGUUUUACACAGAAAUCAAAUCUUGUUACACAUCAGAGAUGUCACACAGGAGAGAAAUCAUAUACAUGUUCAGAAUGUGGGAAAUGUUUUAGACACAAAUCACAUCUUGUUAAACAUGAGAUAAUUCACACUGGGGAAAAGCCGUAUUCAUGUUCAGAAUGUGGGAAAUGUUUCACACGCAAAUCAAAUCUUGUUACACAUGAGAGAAGUCACACAGGAGAGAAAUCAUAUACAUGUUCAGAAUGUGGGAAAUGUUUUACAGAUAAAUCAAAUCUUGUUAAACAUGAGAGAAUUCACACUGGGGAAAAGCCGUAUUCAUAUUCAGAAUGUGGUAAAUGUUUUACAGAAAAAUAUAAUCUUGUUAAACAUGAGAGAAUUCACACUGGGGAAAAGCCGUAUUCAUGUUCAGAAUGUGGGAAAUGUUUUACAGAGAAACCACAUCUUUUUAGACAUGAGAGAAGACACACAGGAGUGAAACCAUAUUCAUGUUCAGAAUGUGGGAAAUGUUUUACAGAUAAAUCAGAUCUUGUUAAACAUGAGAGAUAUCACACAGGAGAGAAGCCAUAUUCAUGUUCAGAAUGUAGGAAAUGUUUUACACAGAAAUCAAAUCUUGUUAAACACCAGAGAUUUCAUACAGGAGAGAAACCGUAUUCAUGUUCAGAAUGUGGGAAAUGUUUUACAGAUAAAUCAGAUCUUGUUAAACAUGAGAGAUGUCACACAGGAGAGAAGCCAUAUUCGUGUUUAGAAUGUGGGAAACUUUUUUCAGAUAAAUCAAGUCUUCUAAAACAUAAGAAGAAUCACACAUGAGAGAAGCGUCAUUCAGAAUGAGAAAAAUGUUUUUGUUUCUAAAUCCAUAAUUAGGGGUCAUUAGUGAAGUCACACAAGAGAGAAGCCAUAUGGCCACAAUAUAAUGAAACAAUAUAUCACUGGGUCAUAGACAUUGUUUUCAUUUCAGGUUGUAUAUUUGGAUAUAAAAGCUUAAUUGAUGUCACAUAACAGCUUCUAUAAAACAUC